AUGGACUCGACAAUCCCCGAUAAGGCAAUCACGACUCCCUCGAAGAGCUCUGCACGCCGCGCCCUUGGAGAACUUACCCCAAACAAGAGAAUCUCGCCGCAGAAGCCCAGCAUCACGACCGACAAGACUCGCAACUUGAGCCCGCUUAAACAGGCACCUUCGCUGUCUCUCGCCCAGGACGAAAAUGCGCACAGCAUUCCGAAGCUCCCGGACCAAAUGACUGGCAGGAAGAGAUCUAUAGACGAGGUCGACAGCGCCUAUGCGCGCCAGGACGCGACUGAGGCGCCUUUCAAGCGUCUGGAUGCACGCGCCGUGAUGCAUGCGCAAGCCCGAGCGCCUAUGACCAGCAUUCAAGCAUCUGCGCAACUUGCCAGCCAAAUCAUGGAUCUCGCGCGCGGCGACCUUACGCCCACCGACGAAGAUAGCCUGGAUCCUGCCCCUCGAGGAACACAAGAGACGACUGGAACAAGGGCGUCUUUUUCGUCUCUCAUCGACUACAACCCGCACGGCUCGUCUCAGCAGACCUCAUCCUCACCGCCUUUGCGAGCAACCAAGCCCUCGGCCCCAACUGUACGCGCAGACUCGGUCGAGGUUGCGCAUCAUGACAUUCGCCAUACCGGACCCAUAACACAGCGAGCCGAAGCCCUCCGCCUCCGCCUACGCGUCGCCCUCUACAAAGUCAGGACCGACCAGACCUUUGUACCACUGUCAUGCCUGGAGAUACCCGAGAAGUACCGCCGGAAGUCCUCCGAGGAGGGUGACGCUCCAACCCCAACCGCAAAUCUAUCCGUCACGUCGGCUCAGGAGGGCGAGCAAGCCGCCGCUGCACCUGCCAUUACGGUUACGGGAGAAAGCGUGUCGUCAGACGGAAAGGAAGGCGUUCCCAAGCUCCUUCCGGCACCCGUCCUGAUGCCCACCGCCUACUCGACGCGCUUCAUCACUGAGCCGCAGACGACGAUGCCCUCCUCGCCACCACAUCCGGCCAGCGUCCCCAGUGGGGAUCGCGGCAGCAGCACUCCCCGGGCGCGUGGCAGCAGCGGCCUCCGGGAAUUCGUGACUCCGGUCGCGAACAGGCACGCGGCCGUCCAGCUCAGCAGCCCUCCUUACAGCGAGGACCACGGCCGGCAUCGGGCCCACGACUCAGACAGCCUGACGAGCAGCGUCGUCAAGGACCGAGCUGCGGAUGCCCUGUUGAAGUUGACGCGAUCUGUGUGA